AUGAAGCACAUAUUCAAGAUCAUCGCGGUGCUGGCGGCAAUCUCCGCCGUCUGGGUUGCGCUCCUUGAAACCUCGACAGUCCCUCGCAGUUUUACUUGGUUGCUUCCCAUCUACUUGGUAGUGGCGCUUGGAUGCUAUGGCCUUUUUAUGGUUGGAUAUGGGCUCAUGUUCUUCCCAACCUGCCCUCAAGAAGUGGUAUUACUACAGCAGGAUAUCAUGGAGGCAAAGGAUUUCCUAUCAAAAAGAGGUGUUGAUGUGAGCUCUGAUUGA